AUGCGGUUCAAUUUAGUCAUUUGUGUGCUCUUUGGGUUUUUAUUGGCCGAAUUCAGUGUGGCGGUUGUUUUCAAGAUGACAAACUUUGAGUGCGAGAGCUAUAAUAAAUCUUGGUUUGUAUUCCAUAAUUGUCGCCUGAAGGCCAUAAAUCGAAACAAGGUUAUACUUAAUAUGAACGGAACUAUUUUGCAUCCAUCUUGUGAUAUACAAACUCAUUUAAAAAUUUAUAAAAGGGAAAAUGGUUUUAAGCCCUGGCUGUUUGACACCAAAAUUGAUGCCUGCCGUUUUAUGAAAGGAAAAUAUAAUUCUGCCGCAAAAAUAGUCUAUAGCCUCUUUCAAUCUUUUACCAAUAUAAACCACACGUGUCCCUAUGUGGGACCUCAGAUUGUUGAAGGGUUUUACCUGAAGCCCGAACUACUCCUCCUGCCGUUUCCUUCUGGCCAAUAUAUGUUGGCAAUACGCUGGUUCUUUGAAAAGAAACUGCAGUUUGAUACAAACGUUAGCUUUUUGUUUGUAGAAGAUUUUGGGAAAUCCAAAUAA